AUGCAAAUUUAUUCUGAAGCGUUAUUGUUGCGAACUAAAGGACAAAUUAUUGGUUUAUCUAUUGUUUCAAUCGACAGUCGACAAUCAACAAUGCCGUGGACAAUUUUCAAAAAGUUACUAUUAUUCAAUAUAAUAGCUAUACUUGCAAUAAACAAUUACACCAGCGCAGCGACGAAUCAUCGCAAGCGUUACAUUCAGCGGAAUAACAACAACAACAACAACAACAACAAUAAUUUAUCAACAAACCAGGACUAUAACAACACUAAAAAUAUAAAUACUAGCAAUAACAAUAACUCUAGUGAAAUUGAAAGAAAUGCUCCGAAGAAUAUCCAGGAUAUGUUAAAAGAUGACAAAGAACUUCCUGAUGAUACUGCCAAGUGGGAUAGUUUGCAGUCAUCAUCAACUGGCAACGGUAAAGAAAAAAAAUUCACCCGGGAUGAUGACGACGAUAAGAAAACUCUAGCGCAACAAGUGAAGGAAGGCAAGUACGGCCUAAUACAAAAUGAGUUGUCACCCAAGAAACCAAAGAGACCAGGAAUAAUAAGCUACUCAUCAAACCCCGAUAUUCCAAGGGAUAACGCCAAGAAUUUCGGUGGUCUGGAUAACGAAGAGAUAUGGCUCGCAGAGAAUCACUUGUUGGUGAUCAAAGGAGGCAAUUACGAUGACAAUGAAAAAGGAUCUAGAAAGAAUUUGCGUGACUGGGAGCCGAUUGAUGACUACGAAGCACCUAAAAGACAAGUGCGAAUUCCAGCUAAUCCUAAGAUACCUCCGCCAUUUCCCAUUCAACUGACUGAUGGCGGGCCCAUAAAAAUAAUCGGGCGAAACUCUAGUGAGAACGAUGACAACGAGUCUUCUGCGCAAUGGAUCAUCCCAGACGGUCUGGUUCCCUUCAAUGGAACAUAUUUCAUUCAAAAUGAAAGCUCCAAUGACACUAAUUCCAACGAUGAAAACGAUGGACGGAAGACAAAGUCUAGUCCAACGUUUGCGGGAAUUAUUGGCCCGUUUUUUCCCGCGCUACCUCCUGGUGCCAUCUUUGUGCCGCCACCUUCCAAUCAAACUGAUUAUGAUGAAGACGACCAGUCUAUUUACUAUCCACCGGUUUACAGUUUCAAGUAUCAGUUAGAUAAUUCGACAGUAGUUCCACCUGGACCUUUAGUUCCUGGAAUUAUUUUGCCUCCUCCACCGGAUUUCUUUGCUCCACUCGAAGAAAACAAUGAAACAGUAAAAGAUAAAGUGUGUCUCAAAUGUAAUGCGGAAUCUGUUUCUACAACGGCUAAGUCUGAAAAGAUAAAUAAAAUUAAUAGAAUGGAGAGUUCAACGCGUGAAACUCCAAAGGCUAAAUUGAAAUACUCACCUGUUAAUAAAAAUAAGCUGGAUAAUUACAUUUCAAUUCAAUCAACGACGCCUAAGAGCAAUGUGAUUGAAGGGAGAACGGAAAAAGCUAAAGUGUCGACUUCAACGCCGAAAAAAAUACGACCGAUAGUCGCUUAUUAUUCUACGACACCCUACAAAAAAUUGAUAGAGAAAACAACACCCACGCCUGUUACAACAGAAAAGCUAAAUAGUAAUUUGAAAGCCUCGUAUUACUACUACGAAGAAGAAAAUGAAGUAACGACACCUGAGCCUAUUAAUUAUCAAGACAAUGAGGCGCGCUUGUCUUAUUAUAAAUUGGUGGUUAAAGAAUUGCCUCCUAAAUCAAUUUAUCGUAAAUUGAGGCCUAGUACGCCUUUACCGGUACUUUCUUCGACGAUUUCGACACCGUCUAGCUACUACGACGUUGAAAUAACGCCCUCGCAGCAAACUUUACAGGACUACCAGACAAUAGAGCCGCCUGUCCAGUCAUUAAAGCCACAGGUUAAAAAUUCUAGAGUCCAAGGACAGAGAAUGUUGAAAAGUAACUUUGAGACUACUAAUCCUUACUAUGAUAAGCAGUUUAUAUCUUCAUCACCGGCACCUGUUUAUAAUUUCAAGCCGAUUAUUACUUCUACACCUAGGUCGCGGGAGUUUUUGUCGACGACUAAGAAAUAUAUAACCAAUAAAGUCAAAUCGAAGCCGAUUUAUCAGUACAGUUUUCAGGCUGCUAAUUAUGCGCAUGAUCCGGUUGUCUAUCAGAAUGACGGCGCUGAUAAUAAUGACAGCAGUGAAGGUGAUAUUGAUAAUAAUGACAAUAAUAAUAAAUAUUACAACAAAUGGCAAGUGCAAAAAGAGUUUAAAGAAGAAAAACCAUUUUAUAAUAAAUGGCAAGAUGAUUUGCGGUACAAUGAUGAUAGAUUUAGGGUUAGUACCAAUAAAUUCAACUAUGCGUCGACGACACAAGCGCCUCUGUCGGUACUAAGACACAGAGGAACAACUGUUACUAGUAAUAAUUACUACACCAAACAAGAAGACCAGUAUUUGGACGAUGUCACAAAGGAAUAUUUCACAAACUUUGGAAGGAAAAUAAAAUAUCGGCUUCCGAGUACCACGCCUAUUUACAGUGGGAGUACGGAGGCUUAUGAGAGCGUCACUCCGAGACCAAGAUAUCAGAUAAAACCGGAAUCUGAAGACAGAGACAAAAAUUAUUAUGAUAAAGAAAUAAAAGAAAAUGAGUACUACGACAAUAUUUACUCUCUGAAGAAUGAUAUUAAUGUUAAUUAUCAACGCCCAUUGCCGACAAUUAAUCCAGACGCUGAGUUUAUCGACGACUAUGAUUCCCAGGUAAAGAUUAAAACUGGAGAUAAAUACAAGCAGUAUCACUACCAGUCAAAUUACGCGAGCUUGCUGCCUGUUGAUAGUUAUAAUAAUAAUUAUAACAAUGACAAUAGUUAUAAUCAGCGAGUGCCGAGUGAUUUUAUUUCGCUGGGGAUCCGUGAGCAAAAAUAUUACGAGAGAAUAAAGGGCCAGAAGCCUAUUUCGUUGGCGGGAGAUGUUAAUGUUAAUUACAAUAAUCCUCCGCCGAUAAAUCCAGAUGCUGAGUUUAUAAAAGUUCCGCAUUCUCAUUCUCAUCCGCAUCCGCAAUCGUAUUCCAAUGCGAAUUCCAAUGUAAGGCAGAACGGUGAACUGAGAGACGAUCACAGAUCUUACUUUACAUACAGAUUACCAGGUGACGACGGUCAUGUUUACUUUUUUACCCCUCAUGUUAUUAAUAGACAGCGACAGGAGUUCGGAGGCUCUAGACUAAGGGGAUUCAGAACCGCUAAGGCGGUCAAACAUAAUAAGUAG